AUGGAUAACUACAACUUUUCAAUUUCAGAUAGUUGGUCAUUUGAGAAUGAUGUUCGUAGUGAGGAGAGUGUCUCCCACAAUAGUCGCGAUUACACACUAGAAUUUACCACCGACCAGAUUUUUGAAAGUAGAGAAGAUAUGUUAGCUUGGGCGCGGAGCGUUGGUCUAAAAUAUGGUAUUGUGGUGGUUAUUUUAAAUUCUGCUAAGUUAAAAGGCGGCAAAUUGCCGAAGUGCAUUCUUUGUUAUGAAAGAGGAGGAAAGUACGAACCGCCACGGUGGGGUUUAGAGGUUAUUAGUGGUGUCCAUAACCAAGAAAUAGCAAAACAUAUUGAGGGCCACGAAUACCCGUCAAGGCUAAAACCAGUAGAGAAACAAUUUGUGGCCGACAUGGCCAAUAGCACUGCGCCUCGUGAGAUUCUUAAUAUUUUGAAGCAAAAAGACCCGUCAAACACUACGGGAAUCAAGAGCAUUUAUAACACCAUUUUUGCAAACAAAGCAGCCAAACUGGACGGUCUAACUCCUAUUCAGUAUGUCAUACGUCAAUUACUUAAGAAACAUUACCUCUAUCAAUUUCUUACAAAUCCGGAUACUAACGAAAUCACAGAUAUUAUUUGGGUUCAUCCUAUGAGUCUAGAGCUAUCUGUCAACUUUCCGUCUGUACUAAUCAUUGAUGCGACGUACAAGACAAAUGAGUAUCGGAAAUCACUAUUGGAGGUUGUGGGUAUCACAUCCACAUGGCGAACUUACUCGCUUAUGUUCGGUUAUCUUAGUAAUGAGAGAGAAGAGACAUUGACGUGGGCAUUGAAUAACUUAAAAAACUGGAUGCUUCAAGAGGGGGCGUCGAUGCCAUUGGUGUUUGUUUCAGAUCGGGAUUUAGCGCUUAUGAACGCCAUUGAAGCAUGUUUCCCUACAGCACGUCACAUCUUGUGUAUUUGA